UUUCAUGGCUAUACUAGUUAGUUAGAUGCAACAACGAAGCUAUCAGAUACAUUUUCCAAUUGACUAAGAAACAUAAACAGGAAAGAAAAGGAACAUAGAAAAUAAAGAAGCCCAAACGAUGACGGAGUGCGCCCCAACAUGCUCUUGCGUAGCACCAUUCUACUGGCUGGCGCCGUUACUGCCACUUCUAAUCUCUGGACUUAUUAAGGCGAUUGUUGGGCUAAAAGACGACCGGAUUGCAUUCGAAGGUUUCUGCGAAGUAGAGCCCAUUCAUCCUAGUGGUGGAUUUUCGGAAAAGCUGGCUAUGUUCUUGCUGAAUGUUAUCUUCUACUUUCUACACCCAUUCCUCAUGCUUGGAGUCGUCAGCCGAGUACAGGCCUGUGAAAAAAUUAAGGAGAUAAACGAAAAUCUAAGCCCGCAGAAAAUGUACGUCGCUAUGAAAGAUAAGGUGUACAGUACCGUCGAUAAGGGGAGUACACCAAAGUCAAAGGCGUCGGUAACGAAAACUCAUUCAAGCAAUAGAAGAACGCAGCAUGGCACCAAGAAAACGAAAGAGUAAACCUGCGCUGAGUCGAGGAAUUGGCUAGCUGACCUUCCUGCAACCACCAUUAUAAUACGUUACAUUAAUCACUGGACCGCCGCAUGAGUGACGGUGACAUAACAAACAUGUGUGGAUACCUAUUUUGAAUCCACAGUACUUAGCGUACAGAAACUAUUUCAAUAGAGUUCUGGAUUAAGGAAAGCAACAAAAUGUAACAAACUACAUAACCAACGUAAGCAAACAUUGUAAAAAUAAAAAUGAGUUCAAGUAACGCACAAAAAACACGAAAGCCUAAAUAAAAAGUAAAUUACUAUAAAA